CUCUCUUACACUUUCUCACUUUCUCACUUUCUCUCUCAAAAGCAACCACAUUUCUUCCUUCUUCAUCUUCCUCACCCUCUGCAAAAAUUUAAGCUUUCGAAGAGAAGAAGCCAUGAGCUCCUCAAUUAUGAAAACCCUUCACAUUCGUAAACCCAAUUCUCUCCCCGUCUCUUCCACCGCCGCCGCCGCCGACGAACCAGGUCUUCUCCGCCGUCGUCUCUCCUCUCUCUCCCUAAAUCUCUCACGUAAAGACCCUUCCACCGCCGCCGCCGACUGUGAUUUCACCAGAUCCAAAUCGGUCUCCGCCAUGGGAGAGCGAGUAGGAGGAGGGAGCUCCGUGAAAGAAUGGUGGGAAUGGAGUUGGUCAUUGAUUCUCUUGAAGAAAUUACCAAUCUUCUUCGCUGAUCUCGAGUUUAACAAAGACGAAACCAAAUCAUCGUUUGGUAAUCAACAAAGAGGCAGCUUUGCUCAAGUCUUGUUCAGGCUCCGAUCUGAGAUCCGCCGUCUCCUCCGUCCUUCCUCCGACUCUCUCCCUCUUUCCUGCAAGCGAUGACGUGGCAAUUGAUUCCUAAUUCUAAUGAACAUGAAUCUCUUCCUUUGUUGGUGCUUAAUUACAAAUGUAUAAUGUGUGUGCUUUAAGUGAUUUAUUUGCUAUAAUUCCUAGAUUUCGUUGUUUUGAAAACAUUUUUUUGUUUGUGAAAAUGCUACAAUUAUUUCAUUUGUUUUAGAAGUUGUGCACUUUAUCUCUUGUAUUAUGAAAUGAUGCAGUUAAAAUAGAAACCGUUAUUU